CAGGGUAACAUGCAUCUUUGUUUUAUUUACUAAAAAAUAACCAAACAAAUCAUUAUAUAUUUAAUUUAAAAACGAAGAUUAGCUUGCAUCUUAAUGAUCUCAGUCUCAAAGUACUUGAAUAUCACAUUAAUAAACACCUAUACGUUUCACAUGAGAAUCUUUCAUUUACACUACUCACUAGGUGUAUUCUUUCGGUGAAAUACUUCGAUUUGGAGUUCCAUUUCAAAUAAGACACGUCAUGUCUCUAGCGAUGUAAGCAAGUUUGUGAAAUGUACUACAGCAUAAUACAUUAAAAUAAAUGUACAUACAGACUAAACAUAGACUAAGUUCAAUCUAACUGUACAUAUGUAAGGACUAAAAGUUCAGAACUGGUCAUAGAUUUUGCUAACACUUCAAUGAACAGCUUUUCUGAAAGUUCUUUAAAAAAAGCACUUGUAGUAAUGCUAAAAUAAAGUAGUAAAAUUUGUUGGGAUAAGUUUCGAAUACGUUCUUCCCUGUCUUCAGAAAAAAAAGACUGACAUGAUGUUCUAGUGUAUUUUGUUAUUACUGUGCUUAAUGUUAGGGUUGAGUGUUUUACAGUUAUGAAUUAAACAUUUAUUGUUAUAUUUUUAACACUUUAAACCCCAUAUUUGUAUAUAUUGAUUGGAUUAUACAAUAUCAUCUCUGCAUCAAAAAUUAUAUCAGUUUACUGAAUUACACAAAAUGUCUAUCCUUUCUUGUUAAAAGGAAAAAAAAAAGUUUUUCCAGUGUUACUGAUGUCAGGGCCACAAAAGGUCAGUCUGCAGAUUACCACAAAAUAAAGCUGAGAUGUUGCAAUAGUAUCCUAUAUAGCCUGUAAAUAUAUUUCUGAAAACGGGUCUGACAUUAUAACAAAACAAAAAUUCAAAGAAAGUCUGUUCAAUUAUUGUUUAACAAUAAGAAUUCAUUGAUACAUACAUCUCCUCUCAGGGUCUUGAAAUAUAAGUAAAAGCAAUACAUCCUACAGUAUUUUUAGUUAUUGCUGCAGAUGUAAUAAAUAAUUGAGAGUUAAAUCUGUUGUGAAAUCAAUUAAAGAAGUAAUUUGGAUUUACAAAGAACAUGAUAUGCACAAAAUAAACGGCUUUUUGGCGCAAUUUGAUUCUGGAUUUCUACAAACGCUUCGUCGUUUUAAGUUUCUUAAUAAAGUUUUCCCACAUUUUAAGAAUUAAAUGUAUCUUAUACAGAUUUUAAACACAUGCUAAAAUAUGUUUACAAUCUGUUACAAAGGCUGUUUGAUGAAUUCUUAAACAUUUGGUUUACAGUACGUUUCAAGUACCUUGUAACAUUCACACCAUUAUGUGGUACUUUCUGAAGUUUUUAACAGUUCAAAACACCCCCGUGUUCCUUUUCUUUAUGCAUAACAUAACAGACUGACAUAACUAGGAAUUCUUGUUGUUUCCUGUUGCUUUUAUAUUUCUUUACCUGUAUUUUGAAUCAUAUGCAACCCAUAGUUUAUAGUGUCACUGCUCUUCGAAAGACUGUUACUGAAAAUAGCCUAGUUGUAAUACCAGUGUGGUGUGACACAUGAAAGUAUUUGGUGCUCCAUCACAACAGGCAUAUACAUUUCAUUCUAAAGGAUUCCCAUCAUAAUAAUAAAAAAGUUCAACGUGAUAGCAUCGGUAAAGAAUAACAGUUGUCUUUUUUUUGUAUUAAAUUUCAAAUUAAAACAUUUACUUUAAUUAGGAGUUAAUUGCAUUGAUGUUAUAAAUGAUUCUGUGGAUAGAUGGAAUUACUGAAUUAGUAUUAUAAUGUUUUGCCAUUUAAAAAAAAAAAAAAAAAAGAUAAUAUUUCUAAACGUGUGUGUGUGUGUGAUCUUAUAAAAAUGCGUAUUACCCGGUAACUAAUAACAGGUGUAUGAAACAAGAUUGUACGAUACUUGUGUUAUAUUUGUUUUAAGGUCCAACAUGUUGUAUUUAGUGUACUGUUUUAAUAAUGAGUUUCCUUCGAAUAUUUGUUAGCUUAUAUCCAUGCACAUGCGCUGGAAUAAGUGAUUAUUGUUUGCAUUCAGUGGACGCAGGUGAGAUGAAUUGGUUUCUGGAAGAAAACACACACACACACACACACACACACACACACACACACACAAAAAAGCCUUUAUGUUGCAUCCGCUGACCACAAAUGCCGUGGAAGUUUUGUGUAUCAUAUAUGUAGAAAAUGAAAACUGUCUCCAACUACAACUCAGUGGCGUUGUUGCGCCGGUAGGAGAGAAAAUGUGUUCUUUUUCACUGAGAGCCAGGCAGGAAAAGCUGGAAAAUGCACAGAAAAACACAGAAACAGAAAAGCCUUUUCACACAGCACCGGAGACUGGGGGCUCGUGCGGAAAAAAUGCAAUGAUGCUCCCGUAUAGAUAUUAAUUAUUCCACUGUCUCAUCUGAAGGCUACUGCCAUGCGAGUGCUGCCGUAUUUCAGAAGCGUCCCCCCGGUUUCCUUUCACUUUUCUUGGCAUGCCUUUGGAGCCUGAUCUCGGGGGUUUUUCCUCCUUUCUUCUCGCUCAUGAACGACAGUGCGUGGAGCCAGAAACAAGACUGGACCAGAAAAAAAACGCUAUGGCUUUGUUUAAAUACUCAUAGUCUGCAGAUUGCAUUGCUUUCGGUACCUUCGACUAGGUCAAAAUAAAUCUAAAGAAAAAAAGUAAUAAAUAAAAAAAAAUAAAAUAAAAAAAAACAUCAGGAAGAUGGCGCCCACCAAGCCUAGCUUUCAGCAAGAUCCUUCAAGACGAGAACGCGACCCCUACUGGGAGAGGCCAGCUAAUGCCAGCUCCUGUUCAGCUUCUAGGCCCAAGACACUCCACCUUGGAGGGCAACAACAUACCUCAUCACCAUGGUUGCAAGCAUUGAGAAAAGAGAAGUCGCGAGAUGCCGCCCGCUCUCGUCGUGGAAAGGAGAACUUUGAGUUCUACGAGCUGGCGAAGCUCCUGCCGCUCCCAGGUGCCAUCACCAGCCAGCUCGACAAGGCCUCCAUCAUCCGCCUCACCAUCAGCUAUCUUAAAAUGCGAGACUUUGCCAAUCAAGGGGAUCCCCCCUGGAACCUGAGGAUGGAAGGGCCUCCACCCAACACCUCUGUGAAAGCUAUAGGAGCCCAGCGCAGGAGAAGUCCCAAUGCUAUGGCGACUGAGAUUUUUGAACAACAUCUGGGAAGCCACAUUCUGCAGUCUCUGGAUGGAUUUGUAUUUGCACUAAACAAAGAAGGAAAGUUUUUAUACAUCUCUGAAACUGUGUCUAUCUACUUGGGACUUUCACAAGUGGAGCUGACAGGCAGCAGUGUGUUUGAUUACGUUCACCCAGGAGACCAUGUGGAAAUGGCAGAGCAGCUGGGCAUGAAGCUUCCCCCGGGACGAGGCCUCCUCUCGCAGGGCACAGCCGAGGAUGGCGCCAGCUCAGCAUCUUCAUCGUCGCAGUCCGAGACCCCCGAGCCAGUGGAAUCCACCAGCCCCAGUUUACUAGCUGCUGACAAUACGCUGGAGCGCUCGUUUUUUAUGCGAAUGAAAUCUACACUGACCAAGAGAGGAGUCCACAUCAAAUCAUCUGGAUACAAGGUUAUUCAUGUAACUGGACGCUUACGCAUUAGGCUGUCCCUGACUCAUGGACGGACGGUCCCCAUUCAGAUCAUGGGGAUGGUGGUCAUUGCCCAUGCUUUGCCUCCUCCAACAAUCAAUGAAGUUAGAAUCGACUGCCAGAUGUUCGUCACCCGAGUAAAUAUGGACCUCAAUAUUGUUUACUGUGAAAAUAGAAUUAGUGAUUACAUGGAUCUGACUCCUGUAGACAUUGUGGGCAAGAGAUGUUAUCAUUUCAUUCACGCUGAAGAUGUGGAAGGGAUCAGACACAGUCACUUAGAUUUACUGAAUAAGGGACAGUGUGUUACCAAGUACUAUCGAUGGAUACAAAAGAAUGGAGGGUAUAUCUGGAUCCAGUCUUGCGCCACUAUUGCCAUUAACGCCAAGAAUGCCAAUGAAAAGAAUAUCAUCUGGGUCAAUUAUGUACUCAGUAACCCAGAGUACAAGGACACUCCAAUAGAUAUUGCACAGCUUCCCAGUCUCCCAGAGAAAGCCUCGGAAUCCUCAGAGACCUCUGAUUCCGAUUCCGAUUCCAAGGAGAAUUCAGAGGACAAUGAGAACUCCAAGUCUGAUGGGAAGGGGAACCAGUCUGAGAACAGUGAAGACCCUGAGUCUGAGAGCAAGAAGCAGCCAGGGAGCCAGUCGGACAACGAAAUGAACUGCAAUGAGGACGGGAACAGCUCCAGCAACCAGGAGAGUCGGGACAGCGAGGACAGCUUCGAGCACUCCGACUUUGAGAGCAACAAGGCUGCCGAGGUGGACAGCUAUGACACGCUGGGCUCCAUGCAGAUCAAGGUGGAGCGGUACGUGGAAGGAGACUCCGAGCUCCGGCUGCACAGUCGCGAAUCAGUAACCUCAGACAGUGCCAAGGACUCGGAUAGUGCGGGGGAGGCAGGCACGGCGUCUUCCAGUAAGCACCAGAAGAGGAAGAAGAGGAGGAAAAAACAGAAGGGAGGCAGCGUGACCAGGCGCAGGCUCUCCAGUACUUCGAGCCCCAAUGGGCUGGACCCAGCAUUGGGGGACCAGCCCCGGCUGCUCUCCUCACCAAACAGUGCCUCAGUGCUCAAAAUCAAAACUGAAAUCUCAGAACCUAUCAACUUUGACAAUGAUAGCAGUAUUUGGAACUAUCCUCCCAACAGGGAGAUCUCAAGGAACGAAUCCCCCUAUAGUAUGACCAAGCCCCCCAGCUCUGAUCACUUCCCCUCUCCACAAGCCAGCAGCAGUGCUUUACAUGUCGCCAUUCCUGACUCUGUCCUCACCCCACCAGGGACUGAGACAGCUGGCAGCCGCAAAACUCAGUUCAGCAGCAGCAGCAGCAGCACCUCCUCCAGCGCCACCAGCCUGGCGCCUGUCUCCUCGGACCCUCUGUCCCCUCCUCUCUCGGCCUCCCCGCGAGAAAAGCAGCAGGGAACUCCAAGUACUUCCAGCUCGUUACUAUACACUGGGGACCUAGAAGCCCUCCAGAAGUUACAGGCUGGCAACGUGGUUCUUCCACUGGUUCACAGGGUAACAGGGACCCUCGCCGCCACCAGCACUGCCGCACAAAGGGUCUAUACCACUGGCACCAUCCGUUACGCUCCAGCUGAAGUAACCUUAGCGAUGCCGGGCAAUUUGCUCCCAAACACUCAUGCAGUUAACUUUGUGGACGUCAACAGCUCCAGUUUUGGGCUCGACCCCAAGACACCCAUGGAGAUGCUGUACCACCACGUCCACCGGCUGAACAUGUCAGGGCCGUUUGGGGGAGCGGUGAGCGGAGCCAGUCUGACCCAAAUGCCUACAGGGAAUGUCUUUACUACGGCAGAGGGGCUAUUCUCAACUCUUCCAUUUCCUGUGUACAGCAAUGGAAUCCACACCACACAAACUCUGGAAAGAAAAGAAGAUUAAAAAUAUAUAACAAGACCAUAUUACUGUGUUUAACGUUCAAAGACUGAGGCAUAAGACUGUGUUUAAUUUUGGGAGAAAAAAAAUUCUAGCACUUUGAAUUUGAGCAAGUUUGCUCAUGUUAUUGAAUUGAAUGGUCCCCAUGUCUCUCUCUCUCUCUCUGUAUCUAUGUCUUUCACGGUCUUUCUCUCUGUCGAACUAAAACAAAUUAUUCUUUAAUGUAAAGAGUUACUUUUUGCCUUCAGAGACUCAAGAGAUGCCAGAUGCCUGCUCUUUUGUCUUCUUCUAAGAUGUGUGUUUUUCUUUUCUUUUCUUUGCAUCUUUAUGACGAUGCUUCAAUUUAUAUGUCUGCCAUAAGAUACUAACACGUAAUGGUAAAGAUGUUUUCAAUAAGUAAAACCUGUUGGUUUUUAAUCUAUAUCUUGAUGUGAUCAAGGUUGAAGGAGACAAAUAGAGAAAGUGUACACUGUUUGACUAAGUUAAACAGAAGGGGCUCUUAUCCUUAAUUCCUUUUCUGAUUUGGGGGAUAGUAUUUUAGGAAUUUUAUGCAGUUUGAUUCUCUUUUUAUAAUUCAGAUGUUUCUGACUUGCACACACUAAAAGCAAUUUGAGUUAAUUCCUGGCCUGCGAGUAGAAUGUUGGAAAAAUUAUUUAAAAACAAGCAAACAAAAAAAGAUGGACAUGUUACUGCAACAUUUACAUUUCUUCCUACAAAACCAUGGUGCUACCAUUCAGUCUAUUUGUUCAACAUGCAGCUCGUAGGCGAGGGUAUGUUUUAUUAAAAAGGAUGUUUUAUACUGGUCUCUAGUUUGUUGCUGCAGCCUCUCAAGAUUAGAAUAUCGUACACAAAAAUAAGAAGAAUUUAUGUCUGCUGCAGGACUUGAAAUCUUGCCUCCAAACUAAUAAACACAGCCUCACGUUAACCUUGUAUUGGGUCAGUAAGCCUUUUGGAAACGUUUUAUGAAGACUCAAUCAAAUUGAGUGCAGGUUGGAAUUAAGUGCAGGUUUUUAUUUUUUUAUUUUUUCAUUCUUAAAUUGUUUUCUCAGUAUAACUGAGGCUAAUUUUCAACAUUAACCUUGAGUUUAAAAAAAAUGCUUAAAAACGAUUAUUUAACAUGUUCAUUUUUUUAUUUUUGAUACUUUAUCAUUAAAUAUUAGACUAACUGUUUUUGCAUACAUUUUACUCUCAGAAAAUACAGAUCGGGUCGAUCAGAUUGUAAUAGGUACUGCAAUUAAAAAAACAAACAUGUUAAACAAAAAGUACACAUUCUAAUUCUCUCUGUUGCCAAAAAAAUAUAUAAAAAAUGUAACAAAUAAAUAUCACAGCUCAGUGUUAAAAACGCCAUUUGUGAUUAUUGUUUAAAAAAAAUACAAAAAAGCUUAAAAAAAAAAUCUUCCACUCCAUCUUUUGGCAGCCGUUCAUAAAAGGCAUCUAAAUAACAAACGUGAGAUCUGUAAUGUGUACAAUGUGUAAGUGUCCUUGGCUGUCAGUCUCAUUGCAAUUUCAGUGUGUGUUACUAUAUGCAGUAUAUACUAAGCGGAUGUAGAUGUUUUGUCCUUUGUCUUCUCUGUGCUUUAUCUCUAGUCUGGGGUGGUCAAUUUCCACUCCUACAGUCCUAGUGAAACAGUGAUUCUUGGGGGUUAGUGUUUUUUUGUGUGGUGGCCUUCCUCUGUCGUGUCACCUUUUGCUGCUUCCUUUGUCUGUAUUUAUGUUUCUGCUAUUGCUUUGCUGUUGUGUAGUCUACAGACCUCUUUCUCUCAGAGAUAAAAGACUCUAGCUCAAGGUUUUAUGGAGCCAUUUUUCCCCACAGAGGAAUUUCUGGGUAUGACUUCAGUUUCCAGCUUGCAACACAUUAACACUUAAAAUAAUAAAAGGAAUAGCGCUUUAGAUGUAUGUAACAGACUGAUACCAUAAAGCCUCAGUUGUAAAAACAUUCCCAGAGUCCCUUGUGCUUAUCUUGUACGCAUUGGGUGUAUUUCAUUGGUUUCCACCAGCCCUGUUGACUUAGAGUACCACGCAACAACAUAAGGUGAAGCUGUUGCGUAACAAAUCAAAUUUAAACAUUUCUUAAAGAAAUGAAAAUGUUUCACACUAUAAAUCUAUUUUUAUAGAUGUUUUGGAAAUGCAUGUUUAGUAAGUUGAUCGUAUAGUUUACUUGAUGUUGUUCUCUGCAGUGAUCUUGUCGACAACCGUCUUUUUUAAAUCUGUCCCGCACGGGAGAGCCAGUGAAACGGCAUAUCUACCCAUCACUGUGUCUUGUUUUACCUGAGCCAGGAAACAAGAGAACCAUUUCUGGGAACGUGUCUGUUUUGUUUUUCUUGCCAAGGUAUAAAUUUACCAACAGAACUGGGAAGAGUUAAUCAAAGAACAAUGCAGUGUCUGUAAAUGUGACUGGAAUGUAGGAUAACCCGAUGUCAUCACAUGGGUUUGCUAGCUUAACUGAUUUUACUGUUUUCUACAUAAUGAGGUGAGGAGAAGAGGCAGGGCAUCUCUAAAUAAGGUACUGUGGACAUCCCAUGAAAUACACUCAUAUGUUACAACAGAACAGCAGAAAAAAAAGCUGUUUUAAUGUUUGUGUUGUGUCAAUUAUUUCUGGUGAUUUAAACUAACAAAUAAUCUCAGCUGCUGUCAAAAUACAUAGUGUUUAAAUUACAAUAUGAAAAAAACACUUAUUUACCUGUGAAGACUGUGUCUGUGUUUUUAACUAUUUCUUGUACAAUUAUACAGAUUAUUUUAUGAGGGAAUUGGUGCCAAGUAGCUGAAUAAUGGGGAAAGGGAUUCUCUUAGUAUCAAUGUUAACAGUGUUACAAAUUCUAAAUACAAACAAAUUAAAAUAUUAAAAAGAGAAAACUAUGGUACAUUUUAUUUUGUGGUUUUAAAACGUAUAACUAACUGAAGCUAACUUUGAGUGCCUGGCUUAUUUUUUAAAACAUCUUUUUUCAUUGACCAUGGAUAAUGCUGCAAAUCAGAAAUGUACAUACUUCAUUUACAACAGGGUUAUUUUAUACUUUUGUAGAUUUCCAUCAGUUCAAAGAAACAUGUCAUACAUGGUUGUCUUUAUGUAACUCAAUUUUUAUCAUCCUGCAGGUGCCAUAUUCAUAAUAAACUUCUCUUGGAUUUGUUACUAUCUGGCAUCAUUUCUUUUACAUUUAAUCACCCUGAAUGAACGCUACACAACCAACAAACCUCCAGUUUAUUAUUAAUUUUCAUUGAACUUUACUGUAUCUUCUCAUUGUAAUAUGACGUUGGGGGGUUGUUCAAUUUUAGAUUAGGUCUGACUAUAUACCCUAAGAAUGGUGGAUCUCAAGAGUAAGGAAUGCAAUGCAGGUCAUGUAAGAAUAAAGUAAUAACUCAAUUUACAAGCAAACCCAAAGGCAAACCCAAAGGAGGAAUACAAUUAUUUUAAAAGUAACUCUUAAUAGCAUUAGUGACAUCCCCUGUCUGUCCAAAUUUAAAAAUAUAAUAAUAAUUGAAUUCCUCUUUCAACUAAAUUGUUUUUGUAAGUUUUAUACAGUACAGUUACAAUUGUUUAUUCAAAAAAUGCUAUAUACUUGUGACUGACUUUGACAAACAAUGUUUGCUCUAGGUCUGGAUACUGUCAUCAGAUUAAAUCAUUGAAUUUAAAUAGGAGCUUGUAAUCAAAGCUUACACUUAUUUUUUGCACAAUUGUUUAAUAAAUUGGCUUUUUCUUGUU